AUGCCUUCAUACCAGUGGUUUUGUGCCACUUGGCUGCUGGUCGCACGAAUUGUCAUUGCUCAAUUCAAUUCCACUGUCUCCUUCACGUUGACAUCCCUGGACGGCCCCGUCGACGUCGAUGCUGCGAGAAGCUGGUAUGGAGGAUUGCCAUUCACCGUCGACACCGACAACGGAUACCGCACCAGUACUGGCCGUUCGAGUGGAGUAUGGGGCUCUUCUUUCGUAGGCACUGGAUUCGAAGUUCAGGGCUUCGGACUCUGGAAGUACGGCAGCGGACCGUCUGAUUCUGACGACGACGGGAACCCCGGAGCAGUCUUUGCCUACCUCUGCCCCUCUGACCGAGAGUGGCAGGAGGAGUCAUUGCUCGAGCUCACUGGGAAUGUCACCGACGAUCCUCGCCUUUUCGCGGCAUCAAACAUGCCCCUAUCAGCAUACGAUUUGAACUGGGUUCUCCGCGCCGAUACGCAGUUGGAGUUUCACAACCUCACGAUUGACAUUCCUAUCCGCACUCAAGCACCAUCGCUGGUUGAUCUGCAAUCGCAGGCUACAUUUGUGCCGACUGCUCAAAACGGGCAACUGCAAUCUACUAUGAGUCUGGGUUUCAGCAGCAAACUUCGGCAGUUCCGUGACAUGUUCCGCGGGAGGAAGGAGAUUUACCCCCCUCGAUUCAGCGCAAACGACACUGGCGUCAUUCAAUAUGAGAAACGGAAACGGGGUGUCACUUACCGAUUGGAGGAGGGCCACAUCAUGCUUAGGAACAUGACAGAGCUCUCCUAUACGGCACCUCCCAACACGACCUUGAUUCAAAUCUUUGGACCAGUAGGGCAGCUUAAUGAGUCUUCGGCAGGAAGCAUGUGCUAUGCCGACCUUGACCCCCCUCCGCCGUGGUGGAAGAAUACCAGCUUUCCCAUAUCCUCUUCAGAGAAGGAGAUCAAUGGUGUCAAUCGCACGUUGUUCCUACUCCCAAUCGAUCCGGGCGUACAGACUACAGUCAGAUGGGUGCAUGGGGAGUUCCAGCGCUUACAAUCAAGUAAUUACACCCUUGCAAACCUCGCCGCCGUCGACUCUGGGAGUGAUGGCGGCGGCAUCGAAGCGAGCUCGGGAGCUUCGAGUGCGGAGUCAAAGCACCGGACAGAUAUCAUUGUUGGAGUGGUGGUGGGUGUGGGGGGAGCCCUCGUGCUGACCGCAAUUCUUGCGUGGCUGUUGCUCCGACGCAGAAAACAGCAGAAGGGGAAGGAGUUGGGCGCAGAACCAUAUGAUGUCUCUGAGAAGGAUCUGUACCGGACAGCGAGCUGGGCGCCGCACAAUGCCCUUGAUUGGCCCGACACGCCGCCAAACCGCUCUGGUCCUGCCCCAGUCGGCAGCACUCGUCCCCGACCACGUCGCAUCGUCCAAGAGCAAGACGCGGCGGAAGGAUUGGAACAUUCCCCACCCGUAUAUGAGGGUGAACAGUUGACCUCUGCGGUUGACGGUUCCACACCCGGCUGGAGCUCCCCAGACGACUCUACCAGGCCCCUGGCGAAUGGAGCUAGAGAGCGGCCAGGACAGCCUUCGGCCCUCAAGAUUGAUACGAAGAGAGUGCUAGAGUCGGGACCUGACUCUCCUAGCCGGUAUACUACCCACGUUACCACCCCUCAACUGAAAGAGGAGUGUGCCAGAGUCUUUGGUGUGCCCCGUUCGCCGGCGGAGCGCACGGCUCGCACUCCUGAACGUACUCCUCCGUUGAAGGAGGAGUAUGCCCGAGCCUUCGAUUUGUCGUAG